UCCAGUUUUCUUUUUUGCAUCACUAAAUAAUAAUAAAGUUAUAUCAAUAUGAAUGUGAUUUAUCAAAGAAAUUUAUCAUUAUCCAUUUCGGUCAUUAUCAUUUCAACAAUGUCAAUGAUGACGAUUGCGAAAUUUUUGGCCGAAAAACCUGAAUGUAAUGAAAAACGUGUCAAUCAGGUUGAUCAUUCAUCAAUUGCUUUGAAUAUGUUUGGUUCAAAUCGUCGAUAUCCUGUUAAACGUGAAGAUGUGAAAAAAUUUUGCGACGAUACUGCACGUCAUUUAGAUAAUUUGGAUAAAUUUACAAAAGAAUGUUAUACAUCCGAUGUACAGAAUAUGGCCAAAAUAUUUGUCUAUAGUAAUAAACGUACAAUGAAAAUGUAUUGUGGUAACGUUGGUGGUGGUGGUGGUGGCCGUCGUAAAACAAAACGUUUACAAAAAUUAUUAUCAAUUGCACCAUGUUUAAAUAUAUAUCUACCACAAGAUAAAUGUUUAUCACAAUUUAUAAUGAAAGUUCGUAAUCUUGUUCAAUAUCAGAUGAAUAGUGAAAAAAUCUAUCAUACUUGUUGCUAUUUUGUCGAUCUAAUGAAAUGUUUUGAUAAUCAAUUAUCGAAAUUAUCUUGUGCAACCGAAGAACGUCGUGAAGAAUUUGCCAAACUUGUUCGAUCAUUAAAUGGUGAUAUGAUUAAUGUUUCUUGUGGUGAUUACAAUGAACAAACCGAUCGUUGUGAUUAUUUGAAGCCAUUAAAUCAAUUUAAAACCAAUGCAAACACUUCACAACGAUUAUUAGAUCCAAAAUUACGUUCAUUCUUUUUCACAAGUGUCGCCAUGUUUGAAUCGAUUGGUAAUAAUACUGGUAGUACAUAAUCAUUAUAAUAGAACAUUAAUGAAAUGAUGAUUCAAUGAAAUUCUGAAAU